GCAAAACCUGAAAUUAAUAAUAUUCACAUGUUUCCGAAAAUUCGGCAUUUCAGUUCUUUAUUAUUGAAAUAACAUUUAACUUGUCUGAAACAAUCCUUAAAAAGACUUUUACAAAUCCUUUUUCACUUAGUCAAUAUCAAAAAGAGUACUCUUAGUGAGUGCAAACCUUUAAAAGACGAAAAUAAGAAAUUUCAGUUAAGCUCUUCAAAUUUCUCCGUGUGAAUCGUUUUCAAAAGACAAGUAAUUUUUGCUUUUGUUGUUUGUACAUAGUUAAAAGAUUAACAACAACAGUGGUAAUAACGACAGAGCAAAUAUACUGUAGACAUGAUACAGACAUGAAGAUCGGAGUUGAGCUUAAGCAAAAAUGAAAACAAACAAAGCGUAACCAAAGCAAAGACACAAGAGGUAAGAAAAAGAAAAAAAAAAAAAAAAAAACGAUUGUGUUGAGUUAUAUGAGUGAAAAAAGAAACUACGAAAAAGUUCAAAUAACAGUGCAAAGGCAAAGAGCCAGUUAGUAUUGCUGCUGUUUAUUUGUGAGAGUUCAACCAACCAUUGUACGUACGUACGUAUAUUCAUUCAUCUGGAACUUUAAUAAGCAAUAGUUUUCUUGAUGGAAAGGUGCUUUCGGUGACAUACCGCGAUAAUGCUAGAGUUCACAAAUCAUGCAGUUGGUCAAUUUUAAGGGAACGUAUAACUGUUACAUGUGAAUGAAUGCAUUUGUGAGAAAUAAAAGUGACUUGUUGUUUUAUAUAUGUACUUUCAUUGUUACUUGAAUUGUUUAACUGGAAAAGAAAAUUUACUUAUUCACUUUAAUUCCUUAACGAACAUGUAUGUGAACUGUCAUUAUAUGCAGCAAUGUUUAUUUGCUACAUUAUGUUAAUUACUAUUAAAGUGUUCAAGCAAAAACUUUCCAUAGUGAGUGUAUGUGAUAGUCUUAGGGGCUAACUGACCGGGUGCGAUAGCAAAACUUUUCUCUAACACAUAAACUGCUUGGAAUAGUCAAAGAUUAUAGUCACCGCAGCCAACAAUAACGGUUUUACAACGUCGGACAAACAACAUGUUGACAGCUACAAAUGCAGCAACAGCACCUGUCCAAGCAACGAAUAGUUGCUUAAUAAAGACGAUAAGAACAACUUCCUUAAACACAAUGACAUCUGCAAAAGCAGCCACAACAGCAACAACAAGAAAGGCCACAGUUACCUCAGAUCCGGGCAUUUUGUGUUUCCAUCAUUGCACCGUAAAAGUGUUCUGUUUCAUUUUACCUCAUCAAUGUCCGCAAUGUAAAAUCGAAUUGGAUACAGAUCCCAGUGGAAGACCAAAACAUAAUAAGAACAAGAACACUCUUGUUCAGAACAAUAAUAAAAACAAUAACAAUAAUAACAAUAAUGAUGCUUACGUUGCUCAUGAAACCAUUGACGAUGUGGAAGACGAAAAUGUAGAUACCGAGCAUAAAUCUUAUGCAAAUGAAGGCAUUGCUGCACAACUGAUGUCCAGUCGAUUGCUACCAUUUCGUUUGCCCUAUCCGUUUAUACGAGCCAGUCAGUACCCUUGUGCAAUUAUUUUACGACCUACCAUAGGUGAUUUCUUGAAUGAUUAUAAUAAUUCCACAGAUUUGCAUAUUGCUGUCACAACAUCGACCGGUUGCGUUGUUGAAUUUGAUCGCUAUGGCUUGCGUCGUCAUCGCAUCGACAAUCUAUCCGAAUGGUGGCAAUGUUUGUUGGUGGGUGAUGUACCCGAGCCUUGGUAUGACUACUGGGAUCAAAUAUUACUACAGGUUUGUCAACAGCCGGACAAGUGGACAGUGUCACACUAUCACGAAGAACAACACAAUUGCUAUACGUUCGUGUUGACCUUCCUGCAGGCAUUGGGCUAUGACAAGCUGAGUGAGGCGGCAAAUAGUAAAACGGCAUUCUGUGAAACGUUUAUUGUUCCUCGUACUACCACAGCGGGCAAAUAUAUAUCAUUAUACCGGAAGUUGCGUGAUGCUGGUAUUUAUGUACAUUACACAAAUCACAAUAAAAAGCAGCAGCAGCAGCAGCAACAACAACAACAGCAACAACAACAGCAACAACAACAACGACAAUACCAACACUACCGAGUAACUAAAGAGAAAGCAGGUAUUACGAACAGUCCAUACGCUACAAUAAGAAGUAACUUUAAAAGCGCCAGCACUGGCAACAACUCGACUACUAGUUUGUUGAGCUCAGCAAAAGUUGAUAACUCGGUAACAGUUGUAACGGGGACAACAACAGCAACACUGGCAUCUAGUUAUCCUACACGCCCUCAUACAACUUUAUGCACCAUUGAGGAAUAAACAUGUUAUCAUCUUUAUCAUCAACGUUAUCAUCAUUAUUAUCACCAUCAUCAUCGUCAAUGGCAUCUUCAUUACCUUACGGCAACUAUUGCUUUUUCUUUUACAGCUGAGAAUUUGCUUCCGGUGACAAUAAUAGUAUAACUAUGUGUAUGUUAAGCUCUUCGUAUGUGACUUUAUACUGACUGCCCACAUAUCAUAUAACCGCAAUUUUUCAAACAAUACUGCACCCACAUACACGAAAAGAGAGCUUUAGUGUUCCUUAUGCUUUUCAAAAAAAAAAAAA